CUUUGCUUGGCUUCUGGGUCGGAAGAGAUCUUGUAAUGGAGUGGUUCUUCGUCUCACACUAACAAGAUGCCUGAUUUCCUCAGGAUCGAGGGAUUGAAGAAUGUCCCGAGUUCCCUUGGGGAAAGUCCUCCUGAGGAACGUCAUCCGGCACACAGAUGCUCACAAUAAGAUUCAGGAGGAAUCAGAUAUGUGGAAAAUAAGAGAGCUGGAGAAACAGAUGGAAGAUGCGUACCGGGGGACGAAAAGGAAAAUGUUACACAGCAGUUCAAGCCGGACGCGUAGUGAUGGUUUUGAUGAAGAAAGUCAAAGAGACUAUUGGAGGCCAAAGAAUGAAAUUUCUGGGGCACUGGAUGAUGAUUUUCUUAAGGCUAAAUCCUGGAACAAGAAGUUACAUGAUUAUGAAGCUAACAUGCCAGACAGAUGGGGUCACAGUGGAUAUAAAGAAUUAUACCCUGAAGAAUUUGAAACAGACAGUAGUGAUCAGCAAGAUAUUACCAAUGGGAAGAAAACAUCUCCCCAGGUAAAAUCAUCUACCCAUGAAUCUCACAAACACAAGAAGUCAAAGAAAUCCGACCAAAAAAAGCAGAAAAAAAAGUCACACAAAAAACAGAAGAAAAGCAAAAAGGAAGCCACAGAUAUAACAGCACAUUCCUCAAGUGAGUUCUCAGAAGAAACUGGGGCUUCUAGUACCAGGAAAAGGAAACAACCACAUAAGCGCAAGAAAAAAUCCAGGAAAAAAUCUCUCAAGAAAUCUGCUUUAUUCUUAGAGGCAGAGUGUGACACUUCCCAGUCAGAUGAUUCUGCAUCCAGCAGUUCUGAGGAAAGUGAGGAAAGAGACACUAAGGAAACCAAAAGGAAAAAGAGAGAUAAAAAAGCCCACAUCCCUGUAGUUAACAAUGAAAUACAGGAGAGGACAAACAAACGCACAAAUUGGAAAGUGGCUACAGAUGAAAGGCCUGCCGAGCGUUCAGAGGAUGACUAA